CUUCACAUACAAAACUUGUCUCUGAAUGCAGCUCGCUGUGCACCAAGGACAUACUGUCCUUUACACCUUGAGCGCCUUUAGCACUACUACUACGGUCCAGACAACCGCGCUGGGUUACUACCAUAGUUUGUCAGUUCUCGCCUCGCUUGGCAUUGUGGCGCAAAUAGUACCUACGUUUAUGCUUUAGCUUCCUCGCUAUGGCCUCAGGUGACCACACAAAGGGGCUUUACUGGCCAAGCUCCGCCGAAGACUCCGCGAGCAGGCCUCAGGCUGCGGCAUCCUGCGAGGCCCCAAGCGAUAGUGGAGGGCGCAGCCUUGCAAGACACUCGCCCAAGCGUAGCUCGCACGGUUGGGCAGUUUCGAGCGAUUCAGCUUCGCCCGCGCUGCCAGCGUUCGCACGGACGAGUACCGACUCCCAGGAGACCUUUAAUUCUCGACCUGAUACAUGCAUCGACCAGCCUACAAACGCGAGCGGCGGAGGCGGUGCGCAGCGAGCGGCUCUCACAAGCUGGUCGCAGAGCUGGUCGGACGGCAGUUGGCCGCUGAGCAAGGCGCACGCUUGGUCGACCCUGUCAUCGCUGUCACGAGCGGAGCUACUGGUGGUCAAUGAUGAGCUGAAUGCUCUUGAGUCGUCAAUUCGUCGCGAGCUGGCGCGGACGAAGGCCGACUUCGCGCAGCAUGUAAACCGUCCGCGGCCCGGCCCCGCUGAGUUGCAGGCGUCGAGCCCAGUGAGCGCCACGCCUGUACAGCUUCAGAGGGCCAGACUCUGUAACGAGCUGCGGCCAAGCCAGGCGUGCGCGUCGGUUGGCAGGGGCCCCAGAAGUGGCGGCCGCACGGACGGCUGCGCAGCAGUGGGCUACGGCGCCGGCUCCACACACCGUGCAGCAGCCAACGGCAGCGGUGGGCCGCCAGGCCCCCAGCAGCAGCGGCAGCCGGCCUCGCACCCGGCGCCUGCCACGGCACCCGCCACGACUCCCUCAGCGUCAAUUCCCCACGACGGCGGCCUUGGUGCAGGUGGCGGGAGCUACCUCCAUAUUCAGCCGGCCGCUGGCGGUGUCAUUACUGCCAUUACCAAGGAGCAUGUGCAUGCCGUGUGCGCCGCCAUCGGGAGCUACCCGCACCCGCCGCCGCCACAACGCGCCCAGCAGCUGGCGCGGUGCACCAGACCCUCCCAGCGCAGCAGCGAGCCCGCGAUGCCACCUGCCACUCCCAGGGCACUGAUGCCGCCGCCACCGCCGCCGCCAAUGCAUCAGCGCCUGCCGGCGCCGACGCUGGGCGUGGAUGCAGGGCGCGGCAGCAGCGCUGUGUCGGCGGCGGCGGCGGCGGCGGCGGACACCCUCCGCCAGAAUGCCACCUGGCGUCAGGCGGCGCCGCUGCCGCCGCGACCGGUGCCCGCGGCCGCGGCUUCCGGCCGCCGUGGCGCAACGGUGACGCGGAGUGCCGUGGACUGGGUGGCCCUGGGGCGCGCGGUGGGGCGCAGACCCAUGCAGCCGUCUGACGCGAUGUCCAUGCCGUCGCCACCGCAGCGCCCGCCGCCGCCGUCGUCGCUAUUGCUGCCGCCCGCUCGUGCGGGCGCCGUUGCUCCUCCUGCGGCGGUGACCAUGGUUCCGCUGUCUGGCGCAAAGCGUGAUGCGGCGGCCAUGACCGCAGAGUUGGCCUGGGGCGGCGUUAAGGCCGCGCCGCAGGCGCGGCAGCAGCAGCCGGCGGCAUCGCCGCCGCGUGCACUGCAGCGGCAGCAGCCGCAUUCGCUGCCGCAGCCGCUGCGGCCGCAGCCGCAGCAGCCGCAGCAGCCGCAGCACGUGUGUAGCCCGCAGGCUGCCGAGGGCGCGGCAGCCCUUGCAGCUAUUAUGAUGCUGCUGCGACGGACGCAGCAGCAACAGCAGCAGAAGGACCCCGCGCAGAAGCGCCAAAGGCUGAUGCAAUGAAGCGGUUCAGGAAAGCAUCAGAACAAUACGCACGUGUCUCAUACUGUGGAUGGCAGAUUGUACCACUGCAUGCCGAGGUGUCCAGGAGUGUCAAGCAUUUGCAGAACGGUUAUUUUGUGCCUUGACUAGUGUGGGUUAGUCCUCUUGCCGUUGCAGCAAAACUGCUGGCGCAUGUGUAAGAUUGAAGCACCACCCGAAUGUCACUCGGGUGUCAGAGCGCACGGGAAGAACACGACGUCUGUGUAUGCUAGGCGGUGUAGCUCUCGCAGUGUUACCUCAGAAUCCUGUGGGUGUUUGAUUCUGCUUUCCCGGUUGGGCAAGUGCCAGCAGCCCAGCACAACUUUGCACACCAAGAACGCAUGCACCACUAAGAUCUUGGCAGUGCACCAUAUCUUUAUCGCUUGUCAUGACGGUCCCCGUCGUGCUUGGUAAGACUGCAUACUAUUAUGAGCAGUGAACUGCGCGUACGCGGGCGCAUCCGGAGGAGUGUGGGCGCGGGAUACAGCCAUCCGCACCUGCUCCCUUCGUCGGCGCCGGAAUGCUGAAAGAAAGGCUGCAGUACGUAGUAGCAAUACGGGUUAUUGUUUCGUUCUUGUGGUCUUACUGUCCAAGGGACUGGAGAAGAGAGAGUUGGUUGCCACUUACCGCACCUGUGCGGAUAGCAUGGGUUUGCUUCCAGUGCAAGCACAGGCACGCAUGGACAGGGGUGUCCCAGGGGGGGAGGGGGCUUGGCUCCUCCGAACUUCGCUCCUCUCCAGGGGGAGCUGGCGUGAGGCAAUGGUAAUCAGGAAAGCACCCAGAGCACGUGGCACGUGGCGGAGUGCUGCUGUGUCGCAGUGGCCGCUGAUGUUUCGUGACCUCAGCAAGGUUUGAGACAGGCUUGAGAGGGUGCCCGAGUGGUGGUGGCGACAGGUGGGAGGUGUCGAGCUCGGUCCCAGAGGCAAAGCGCUGUGCGUGCUGGUGCAUGGGAACAAGGGCGCAAGCCGCUAGGUGUCGCGGGCCUUGCGCUUGCCGGCAUGGUGGGGAAAAGCUAGCAGGGCGGCGUCGUCUCCAGAGAACGGGUGUGCCCCGAACCCAUGUGGACACCAGCGCAAGCUACACGUAAGUACUGUACGGUAUGUAAGAAGACGAAGAAUUGUCUCGUGCUAGCCGCUAACACGAGCGAGCGAGGCAUAGUGGUGCCUUCGGCAAGGGGUGUGUUGUGUUGGGGGGCGCAGGGGACGGGAGUUCCUUUCAGGCGAGGUUUGACAGCAGCGGCGGGGGCGCGUGCGCGCAUCUUGAUAGCGGAGGGGGCGGGAAAGGCCACGUGGAGGAGGAGAGCGCAGCGCCGCCUAAGAAGCGGCGCAAGCGCGCAAUGUUGGGGAGCCGGCUGGUCAGCUGGUGUCUAGGUAGCGGUCCGCGAUGGGGUUGGCAGGGCAUGUGUAGCGGCAUGACAAGUAGUGCGGCUGUUGACAACUGUGCUGCGUCUGGCUGCGGUUGGCUCUGCUGUGGCAUCGCGAUUGCUAGGCAGCUGGUUUGGCUAUGUGCCUGUGGAAGCCGACCCCGGCUAUGUCCGGGCGAUGAGGUUGUUCGGCCUCAGACUGUGGAGGGGCUCCCUGGGGGCUCAGCCCCUUUUCCCGUGACCGGGGAACACUUGUCCAGCAGCGUGGCUCGACCUCCAGUUCUGACUUCUAA